CAACGUAAGGACGUUGCCUCUCUAUCUCUCAACGAAACAAUGGUUGGUUCCUAAAUCUCUCACCUUCACCAAUCUUCUGAUCACGGUUUCUCAGACUUUGUUGACUCGGUUGCUUAUCUGACUCAGUGAUCGGCGACCGAGUUAAGAGUAUCCUCGCACACUCUAGGAGAUGGUGGGAAACUCGUUAGCUUCACCUUUGGCAACAUUGGGUCCUGCCAAAUGCUUUCGCCACCCUACAGGUGAUCUUGUAACAUACACUACUGUUUUACCAUUGAGCCUGAACUCGAACUCAUCGUAUCAUGGUGUGAUUGGAGGAGUAAGGACAUCUCUUAUUUCGCGAAAGAAAUGGAUAGUGUUUUGUUCAACAACACAAGUGGAAACCUCUAAUGAAGAUCCAAAGACAUGGGAAGAAUGCAAAGAAGCUCUGUCUUGUUUUGAUUUUAGUGUAGAGGAGAAAGACAAGAUACUAGGAAAAGCGUUUGGUCAUAUCCACUCUCCGUACUGGACAGAAGAACGAGUGAAAGAGAAUCCGAAAGUGGAAACUUUGAAUCAAAUACUGGAGUUCCUUAGAAGUCUCGGUUUAUCGGACGAAGAUCUGCACAAGGUGAUGAAGAAAUUCCCGGAAGUACUCGGUUGCAGUCUUGAAGAGGAGAUGAAACCAAACAUUGGGAUUUUGGAAAACCAAUGGGGGAUUACGGGUAAGCAACUAAGAAAUCUGUUGCUUCGGAAUCCGAAAGUGUUGGGAUACAAUGUUGAUUGUAAAGGAGAUUGUGUUGCGCAAUGCACUCGGUGUUGGGUUCGGUUUUAGUGUCGAUUCUUCAAGUUGAAUGAUCGUUGAUAUUGUACCUAUUUGAGUGUUAGCUUAGAAUUAGAGCAAAUGCUGAUUUGUAUCUAGUCCUCCGUCUUCUUGUUUCAUCACAGCCACCUAAAUAAACAAUCAUGGAUCUUGAUUUAGAGACCAAUGUGUUGGUGUCGUAUGAAACUAUAACAAUAAGAAAUUUUUUUAAUGGGAAUGUAAAUUACUAUUGCCUUUUUCUCU